AGACGCGCAGGCAGAUAAGGAGGAAUCGAGUUGACCGGAACUGCAAGAGUAGAGUUGAGAGUUGUUUGUUGUUGGAUUUGAUUAAAAUCAGAAUCAGAAUCAGAAUCAGAUGGAUAACCUUCCUCUUGAUUCCACAUCAGAAUUGGAAGAUGAUGAAAGCUUCUCGUAUGCUAUUCAGCUUGCCAACUCGGUUGUGCUUCCCAUGGCACUGCAAUCCGCAACUCAACUCGGAGUAUUCGACGUUUUGCAAAAAGCGGGUCCAGAUGCUAAGCUCUCCGCCGACCAGAUCGCUUCCCAGCUUUCCUGUAACAACCCACAAGCGCCGCCAAUGUUAGAUCGCCUCCUCUCCCUUCUCGCUUCUCACUCUGUUAUCAAUUGCUCUGUUAUUCAAGAUCAACAUAACCUUGGAUCCUUUCAAAGACUCUACACCAUCACUCCUGUCUCCAGAUUCUUCGCUCGCGAUUCUGAUGCUGUUUCUUUAGGGCCUUUUCUCGACUUGUUUCAUGAUAAGGUCUUCCUUGCUAGCUGGUCCCAGCUGAAAGAUGCAAUUCAAGAAGGAGGUAUUCCAUUCAACAGGGUUCAUGGGACACAUGCCUUUGAGUAUCCAAGCUUGGACUUGAGGUUCAAUCAAGUUUUCAAUACAGCAAUGAUCAAUCACACUACUCUAGUUAUGAAGAAGGUUGUUGAAUGCUACAGAGGUUUUGAGGACAUAAAAAGGCUUGUGGAUGUAGGUGGUGGUCUUGGGAUCAACAUUAACUUGAUCACUUCAAAAUACCCUCAUAUUCAGGGUAUUAAUUUCGACUUGCCUCAUGUCAUAGAGAAUGCCCCUUCCUAUCCUGGAGUGGAACACAUUGCUGGAGAUAUGUUUGAAAGGGUGCCUAAGGGAGAUGCCAUCUUUUUGAAGUGGAUACUUCAUGAUUGGAGUGAUGAACACUGCUUGAAGCUUUUGAAGAACUGCUAUGCUGCUGUUCCUGAUGAUGGAAAGGUGAUUGUUGUUGAGGCAGUUCUUUCCAUUGUACCUGAGAAUAAUCCUACUUGGAAGUCUGUCUCCCAAAUCGAUGUAAUGAUGAUGACUCAAAACCCAGGAGGGAAAGAGCGAACUGAGCAAGAAUUCAUGGAGCUAGCAACUGCGGCUGGAUUUAGUGGCAUUAGAUAUGAAUGCUAUGUUCGUUCCUUCUGGGUUAUGGAAUUCUUCAAGUAGAAAAUGUAUGCAAUUGGAACUAUCUGCUACCAGGUUGUUUUCAUAACUUAUUUCACUUGAAGGGAAAGAAAAAAAAAAUCCAUUGCUGCAUCUUAUUUCAUCAAUGCCAAGCUAGUGGAAGUUAAUCCAGAAUGAUAUAUUCUAGAAUGCGUAUAAGCUUGAUUUCAUUUUCUGCCUAGUUCAUCUUGCCUUGAAAAUUCAUUAAUUUGAUGUAUGCCUAUAAUGGACAGGGCUGACUUUGACUUGUUGGCCAAACAUUUUAUUUAGUAUUUUCUUGUCAA